GAAGAAGAACAAGUCUACGACGAAGAAGAAGGUUCAUUUAGCUAAUACUGCGCCGUGCUUCAAAGUUAUUAAUGACUCUUUUAAAAUAUCACAAGUGAGCCAAGAAGAAGAGGAGCAGCUGUUUAUACGUGUCUCAACAUGAAGCUCAACAUCGAGGGCCUGUUGGUGUAUUUUCCCUAUGACUACAUCUACCCUGAGCAGUACUCCUACAUGCUGGAGCUGAAGAGGACGCUGGACGCCAAGGGUCAUGGAGUCCUGGAGAUGCCAUCUGGAACAGGAAAGACCAUCUCUCUGCUGUCUCUCAUUGUUGCCUACCAACGGGCCUUUCCUUUGGAAGCAAGCAAGUUAAUAUACUGCUCCAGAACCGUCCCCGAGAUUGAGAAGGUCGUGGAGGAGCUGAGGAAGCUGAUGGAGUUUUAUUCCAAGGAAACUGGGGAGAACAACAACUUCUUGGCUCUGGCCCUGUCCUCCAGAAAAAACCUGUGCAUCCACCCUGAGGUGAGCUCUCUACGCUUCGGUAAAGAGGUCGAUGGGAAGUGCCACAGUCUGACAGCAUCAUACAUUCGUGCACAGCGCCACAGCAACCCCAACCUGGCCGUGUGCCGCUUCUAUGAGGAGUUUGAUGCCGUCGGCCGACAGGUGCCUCUUCCUGCUGGCAUCUACAACCUGGAUGAUCUGAAGGACUUUGGCAGGAGGAAAGGCUGGUGUCCAUACUACCUGGCUCGCUACUCGAUCCUGCACGCAAACAUCGUGGUGUACAGCUACCACUACCUGCUGGACCCCAAGAUAGCCGACCUGGUGUCCAAAGAGCUGGCCAAGAAGUCUGUGGUCGUGUUUGAUGAGGCUCAUAAUAUAGACAACGUGUGUAUCGACUCCAUGAGUGUGAACAUCACCAGGCGGAUGCUGGACCGCUGCCACAACAAUGUGGACACACUCCAGAACACCAUACACAAGAUAAAGGAGACAGACGCUGCAAAGCUGAAGGAGGAGUACAGGCGAUUGGUGGAGGGGCUGAAGGAAGCCAAUGUUGCCAGGGAAACGGACAUCUACCUUGCAAAUCCAGUGUUACCGGAUGAAAUUCUUCAAGAGGCGGUCCCCGGUACUAUUCGCACAGCCGAGCACUUUGUUGGUUUCUUGAGGCGUUUCCUGGAGUAUCUGAAGUCCCGUCUGAGGGUCCAGCACGUGGUACAGGAGAGCGCCGCACAGUUCCUCAAGGACAUCUUCGAGAAAGUCUGCAUCGACCGCAAGCCUCUCAGGUUUUGUUCAGAGCGGUUGCAGUCGCUACUACGGACUCUGGAGAUCGCCGACAUUGCAGACUUCUCCGCUGUUACACUCAUCUCUAAUUUUGCUACACUGGUCAGCACCUACAGCCAAGGUUUCACCAUCAUCAUUGAGCCCUUUGAAGACAGAACUCCGACCAUCGCCAACCCUGUGUUGCACUUCAGCUGUAUGGACCCGUCAAUAGCCAUCAAACCUGUUUUCCAAAGAUUUCAGUCAGUCAUCAUCACCUCGGGGACACUCUCGCCACUGGACAUCUACCCCAGAAUCCUCGACUUCCGCCCUGUGACCAUAGCGUCGUUCACCAUGACGCUGGCUCGGACCUGCCUCUGUCCCCUGAUUGUUGGCAGGGGAAACGAUCAGGUGGCCCUGAGCUCCAAGUUUGAGACCAGAGAAGACUUCGCUGUGAUUCGUAACUAUGGUAACCUGCUUCUGGAGAUGUCUGCCAUCGUUCCUGAUGGCAUCGUGGCAUUUUUCACCAGCUACGUCUACAUGGAGAACAUCGUGGCGUCUUGGUAUGAACAGGGCAUCCUGGAGAAUAUCCAGAGAAACAAGUUGAUCUUCAUUGAGACUCAGGAUGCUGCGGAGACGAGCAUGGCCCUGGAGAAGUACCAGGAGGCGUGUGAGAAUGGCAGAGGAGCCAUCCUCCUGUCCGUGGCCAGGGGAAAGGUGUCUGAAGGGAUCGACUUUGUGCAUCAUUUCGGCCGGGCGGUCAUCAUGUUUGGCAUGCCUUACGUCUACACCCAGAGCCGCAUCCUGAAGGCCCGUCUGGAGUACCUUCGGGACCAGUUUCAGAUCAGAGAGAACGACUUCCUGACGUUCGACGCCAUGCGUCAUGCAGCCCAGUGUGUGGGCAGAGUCAUCAGAGGCAAGACCGACUACGGGCUCAUGAUCUUUGCUGACAAGCGUUAUGCCCGUGCAGACAAACGCGGGAAGCUGCCUCGCUGGAUUCAGGAACACAUCAGUGACAGCAGCCUGAACCUCACUGUGGACGAGGCCAUCCAGCUCUCCAAGCACUUCCUGCGGCAGAUGGCUCAGCCCUUCAGACGGGAGGACCAGCUGGGUCUGUCUCUGUUGACUCUCAAGCAGCUGGAAUCGGAGGAGAUGCUGCAGAAAAUCACUCAGAUUGCUCAUCAGACUUGAAGGCGGCAAACACUGCAGCAUGUCUUCACCAUGGCACUGCCCAUUAUGGGGUCAGCAGCUGAACCUCUGCUGGGGGCCAGAUGUGUAUGAUUUACCACAUCUGGACUGUUCAGAUUUAAGAAAACAGUCAGGUUGUUUUCCUCAGUGUGGCAAACAAAACAUGGAAAGUGGUUAUAGUAUUGACUUCUGCCUGGAAGCUGCCGGUCGGUGCCGGGGUUAAACACCAUCACAGGCCCAUAUUUCAGGUCACAUACUGAGUUUACACAAUACUAGGACCGCAGCUCCCACUCUGACCAGUCAGACCACCAUGAUAAAUCGACUGUGAGCGUGAUUGAUCCCUGUGUGAUUUCAGUCUCACAUGACAAUGAUUCUACUGUUUGCAUUAGCAGGGAGACGCCUUGCAUCAAACCAAGUGCUCCCUUUUCCUUGCUAAGCUGCGUUAACCAAUAACCGCAAAGUGAUUUAUUCCUGCCUCAACUUCAUUCAGCACUUGAUGGCUACAGCUCAUCAUGUGACGUAACGCCUUCCUGCUAUUGAUUAACAUGGCUUAGAGAAGAAAAGUGAGCACUUGG